UCCAUAUCCACAUAGAAUUAUAAAUACCCUUUUUCUCUUCCUUGCCCUCUUCAAACCAACACCACUUCAACCAUUCAAUUCAUUCUUUCAUUCACAAAUUAUACAAUAUUUACAUACACUAUUUUCUCUCUACCUUUUCCAAGAUGGUUGAUUUAGAAUGGAAAUCAAAGAUGCUAAACUCAAAUAUAGCCCCCAAAUCACCAAAACUUUCUUUACCCUUACCAACUUUCCAUCUCCCUCUUCCACUUACAACAAACGACAUCACAACAGCCUCAUCCACACUUUGCACAACAUAUGACAACUAUCUCCACCUCCCUCACCUCCAAACCCUUUGGUACUCAUCAACCUUUCCCAACUGGGCCAACGAGCCCAUCAUAAAACCCGCUUUAACCGCUCUAGAAAUCACUUUCUGUCUCAUCACAACCGUUUUAUCCGACCCAAGACCCUAUAUCAACAAACGCGAGUGGACUCGACGUGUUGAAUCUCUAGCAAAAUCUCAAAUCCACGUCAUCGCAUUACUCUGCGAUGACGAGGAACAAAACACUAAUACUUGUGGCAAAGCUCCGAUAACCGAGCUUAGCAAAAUAUACCAAGACCAAUUCAGAAGCUAUAGCGAACAAAGCUUGCUACCAAAACUCGCCACGUGGCAGAAAUCAAAACAAAUAGCACAGAGACUAUUUUCCACUGUGGAAUCUGAAAUGAUGACGUGUAAUUACACGUUAGGUUUAGGAGAACAAAAUUUCAACGGUAAACCGAUUCUCCGUUACGACGAAAUUUGCAAACCGAAUUUCAUCCACUCAUUAGAAACGACACCGUUUGAUCAUAUCGGAAACCACGAGAACAGAAUUCUACACGCGACACACCAGAUUUUGGAAUCAUGGACACGCGCAGCGCGUGUGUUACUAGAGCGCGUGAACAAUUCCAUUGAUAACAAAACAUUUGAGAAAACCGCGAGUGAGAUUUACGCGGUGGAAAGAAUCUGGAAGAUUCUAACGGAAAUCGAAGAUUUACACAUGAUGAUGGAUCCAGAAGAUUUUCUGAAACUGAAGAAGCAAUUAGGUUUAGGAACAAGAACGAUGAAUGAAAUGAAAGAAAUUCACGAAACGGUGCCGUUUUGUUUUCGUUCAAAAGAGUUUGUUACAGUAACAAAAAUGUGUAGAGAUUUGAAGCAGAAGGUGCCGGAAAUUUUGGAAGUUGAAGUGGACCCCACGGGUGGGCCAGGGGUAAUGGAGGAAGCAAUGAAGGUUUAUUCAGAGAAGAAAGAGUUUGAGAAGGUUCAUUUGUUGCAAGGGUUGCAAGGGAUUGAGAUAGAAAUGAAGAGAUUUUUUUAUGGUUAUAAACAAGUUUUGGUUGUUAUGAUGGGAAGUAGUGAGAUGAAUUUGGAAUGUUUGAGUAGGAUUUUUCUUGAACCUACUUGGUUUCCUAGCUUGGAUGCUGCCAAGACUUUUCUUGGGUAUUAUUGGGAAAAUAGUGAGAAUAGUAGAAAUACUUGGUGAUUCAUAUGAGAUUAUGUUGGAUAUUAGGAUCUAAACUUAGAAACAUACAUGAUUGAAAAAAACACUAUUCUUUCCUUUUUUUUUUUUUUUUUUUUAUGUGGAUUAAAUUUUGUAUUAGGUGUACCAAAAGAAAAUGAGUAUUGUUGUUUACACAUUUAGUUUGGCUGAGAAACAUUAGUAAAUUACUCAAA